GCAGAUCAUCAGUUGAACAUGGAAGGACAGGUCUGAUCUCCACCUAACCACAUCCCCGCAUUAAUAUCGCACACGCUCUGGGUACCGUACCAUGAAUCGAUCAGUUCCACCUCCAGUCUUCUACAAUCCUGGAGGUGUUCGCAAGAAGCCUGCGAACCAACAGCAACGUGUGGCCAUCAGAUGGAUUCAAGAGUUCCCUAAUCAAGGCCCAACCGGAUCCCGCGGAGAGCCAAGCACACGUAUUGUGGAUGAUGAGGAGACUGAGGUCAAUCGCGAAUCAAAAUUAUAUCGAAUAACAUCGACUGGCGAAAGACAACUUAGAGCUCCUCUAUUGAAUGCUUACCUUCUCGCUGACGCGCCACUUCGAUUGUCUAUCGGAUCACAGCGCGACCCGUUUUCAACCCUCCCAGUACCUUGGAAGCCUCCAUAUGGAAUCAUCACAAGCUAUUUCAAGUAUGCCAUAGCUCCAGCUAUCGUUGAAGAGAGCUUCGAGCCGGAAGGCAAAACUCGGCAGGAAGCACUGGAAGACAUUGAAUGGCCCAUGGCUUUGUCUGUGCAGACGAAUGAUCCAGCCUUGUUCUUCGCCGCUCUAGCUAUGUCAUGCGUUCAUCUCCCCGAGACGCAUGAGUUCAGUCCUCAGAGCAACUCUUUCUUCUUCCGAUGGCUUUCAUCCAAGUGUGUCGAGUACCUGAAUAAGUCUCUCGCGAAUCCGGCUCGCGCAUGCAGCGACGGCACUUUGAUCGCGGUAACCUUCAUCUCAUUCUGCGAGAGUAUGGCUGGGAAUCACCGAAUUGCAGCAACAAUUCAUCAACCAGGUCUGCGACAGAUGGUCAAUACACGCGGUGGCUUGGAUUCCAUCGCGAAAGCUUCUGCUGUCGGUGAACGUGUCACAAAAGCAAUCUCUGCGCUAGACAUCGUGGUGGCCUCCAAGUUCGGCUGCACUCCGAUAUUUGAAGACUCGUACGCUCUUGCUCUCCAGGAUGUAGAGAUGACUGAUAUUGUGUCGAGAAUCAAAAAGACUGCGGAGGGCCGUCUAGAUCCCGCUUCUCCGAUACCAAGGACAGUCAUAUUGACACAGCGGCUCAAAGAUCAUGACAUCUUCUCGACCAGCAGUCCCGCCCGUUCAGACGCUGCGACCGCUGCCACUCCUCGAGAUGUAAACGAAGUUUACGAUACCCACGAUCCGUUCUGACUCGAAUCGCACGAUUUUAAGGAAAUGAUGGGAUCUCUCAGCUUGUAUCAGCUGGUCAUUCGAAUGUGUAUCAUACUUCGGUCAAGGCGACCUCCCACCGACCGGUUGUCAAAGUUGCUUGCAGACGCAGAGCAGCUGUUGAGGCAAGUCAAAACUGAGAAAGACGAGCCCUGACGAAUGCGG